AGUGUUUAACUUUGGCUACUAGCCUCUGGCCUGUAGCUGCCUCCAGGUUUUGGGGAUCAGAGCUGAUUCUCUGAGUGUUUUACCUUCUGAAUUAACUCCUAGUACAUUUAGACUGAACCGUGCUCCACAUUUUCAUCCAUCAGAUCUGAACGUGUCAAGGCAAUAAAGUUGCCGCACCCUCUUACGCACGCACGCAAGCACGCAAGGAUGGACACACACACACAAUACAUCCCAUCAUUAAUACAGUGGUGUAAAAGUGAAGAUAGGGGGCAGGUCUUGGAGAUUUUAGCCUAGAACUGAUUUAAAGAAUUUCAUUGUUUUGCCUGUAAGUUUGACUGAUUUUGUGUUAUUUAUAACAGAGUAGGGAGCAGAACAGUAGAGUAGAGCAACCUUAUUGGUUGUGACUUGAGGUCAUGAGACCCAAAACACACCCCCAACCCUCCACAAAAUUUGAACCUAACACAAGAUAAUAUGGUUUUUAUUUAUUCAGUUUAGCUAUUUAAUCCUGAAGGUUUAAAUGCAGUUUAAACUCCCCAUACCGCCAGGAAUAAAAUUCUGGAUGCUGGACCCACUAUUAUCUUUAUAAAGUCCAAAAGUAGUUUACUUUAAAUAUACUGGACUUCACUGUCAUCUUGGUAGCUAUGGCCCUUGUCGAGACUUUUUUUGUACAUAGUUGUUAUGAGCUUGUUUAUUCAAACCUUUUCAGACUCAAAUCAGAAUCGUUUUACAUAUCUGCAGUCAUACUAUCCAGUAUUUGUACGAAAACAGGAGAGUGUGGAGGAACGUUGUGCAGCACAGCUUGUUUUUUUUAAUUAUUAUUAUUUCCUGUACCCCACCAUUCUUUAGUGACUCUUAAAUUCCUCUUGCCAACCUUUGUGGAGGUCAUUUAUCCACUGGUUGGAAAGCACAUAGAGCUAUUUGGCAUGUUGUGGUAGGGUUUCCAUCUCAAUAUAUUUAAGAUAUAAUUUUCAGCCUUGUAUAGCUUCACUGUAAGUAGCAAGGCAAGUAGCUUUAUGCCGCUUCAGUCCUUUCAAAAUAAUGGCCCUUGUUUACAUUAUUGUGAUCCACUCAGCUUACAUCACUACCCACUGGGACGUCAGGUUACAGGCGGUGACUGACACAGCCUCCUCAGUCUUGCAGCUCAUGUUAGUCACAGCCUGACAGUCUGGUCACAAAGGUGCAUUACUGACCCUUUUCUCUCUUCUAUAGUCUUACUACCCGGUCUCAGAAUGAGAGCUAUAGCCAUGUCUUCCAGCUCAGCCAUGGUGCGGAUCCUAAUAAAGGGUGGCAAGGUGGUAAACGAUGACUGCACCCAGGAGGCAGAUGUCUACAUCGAGAACGGCAUCAUCCAGCAGGUGGGAAAGGAGCUGAUGAUCCCCGGUGGGGCCAAAGUGAUCGACGCCUCGGGCAAACUGGUCCUCCCCGGGGGCAUCGACACCAGCAUCCACCUAGAGGAGAGCUUCAUGAACGCCACUACAGCAGAUGACUACUACAGCGGCACCAAGGCGGCUCUAGCUGGUGGUACAACAAUGGUGAUUGGGCACGUUCUGCCGGAGAGGAAUGAGUCGUUGCUGGAAGCCUAUGAGAAGUGCCGCAGCUCAGCAGACUCCAAAUCGUGCUGUGACUACGCUCUGCAUGUGGGAGUUACUUGGUGGGGACCCAAGGUGCGAGCUGAGAUGGAGAAGCUGGUGAGAGAGAAAGGAGUGAAUUCCUUUCAGAUGUUCAUGGCCUAUAAGGACAUGUUCAUGCUGAGAGACAGUGAGCUCUUCCAGGCCCUGCAGCACUGUAAGGACAUUGGAGCUAUAGCAAGAGUCCAUGCUGAGAACGGGGACCUGGUGGCAGAGGGUGCUAAGGAAGUGCUGGACCUGGGCAUCAGUGGCCCAGAGGGGAUUGAAAUCAGCAGACCUGAAGAGCUGGAAGCAGAGGCAACCCACAGGGCCAUUACCAUCGCCAACAGGGCUCGCUGCCCAAUCUAUCUCGUCAAUGUGUCCAGUAUGUCUGCAGGAGAUGUAGUGGCUACAGCCAAGAUGCAGGGUAAGGUGGUCCAUGGGGAAACAACUACAGCCCAUGCAGUGCUGAAUGGUAUGCAGUACUACCAUCAGGAUUGGGCCCAUGCUGCUGCCCACGUUACUGUGCCUCCUCUCCGCCUGGACCCCAAUACUCCAAAUUACCUAAUGAGCCUGUUGGGGAAUGACACUCUGAAUGUUGUGGGAUCCGACCACCGCCCAUUCACCAUCAAACAAAAAGCAAUGGGCAAGGAUGAUUUCACAAAGAUCCCCCAUGGGCUUCCGGGUAUCCAGGAUCGCAUGAGUGUCAUCUGGGAGAAAGGAGUGAUUGGAGGGAAGAUGGAUGAGAAUCGCUUUGUAGCAGUCACAAGCUCAAAUGCAGCCAAGAUCUACAACCUCUACCCCAGGAAAGGCAGGAUCAUCCCUGGAGCAGAUGCUGAUGUGGUGGUCUGGGACCCCGAGGGAUCCAAGACCAUCUCUGUGGAUAACCAGGUCCAGGGUGGAGAUAUAAACUUGUAUGAAGGCCUCCGUUGCCAUGGAGUCCCCCUGGUCACCAUUAGCCGUGGGCGUCUGGUCUAUGAAAACGACAUGUUCACGUGUGCCGAGGGCUCUGGAAAGUUCUUCCCAAUGAGAACAUUCCCAGAUUACCUCUACAAGAAGAUGGUUCAGAGGGAGAAGUGCCAGGCAGUGAAAGCCGUGGAGCGGGAGCCCUACACAGGUGACGUUGUUGCGGUGGUCAAUUCAGGAAAGAGGGACUUUGGGUCUUCGGAUCUGGACACUCCGACACGCCCCAGCACCAGGCACGGAGGCAUGAGGGACCUCCAUGAGUCCAGCUUCAGCCUGUCUGGUGCUCAAUUUGACGAUAACAUUCCAAAGAGAUCCUCAGCCAGGAUCCUUGCUCCCCCUGGAGGGAGAUCCAGUGGGAUCUGGUAACCAGUCUGGUGGCCGUCACAUGAAGAGUGAUACCUGAGGGAAACAUAUGGCCAAGGAAGAUGGUUGGGUUUUCUCUCUGGAAGCUUAGAAUAUGCGUGGGGUAAUUGAGUCUUAUUUUGAUUUUGAACACAGCACGGACAAUUAGGAUUGCAAAAUUGUAUGCAAAAUUAUUGGGAUAGAGGUCAAGGAAAACCUUUUUUAAGCCAUUACAACUUCAAGAUUACAGUCAAAUGUUACCCAAACAUAAGCAGCAUAUAAAAAAUGAGUUGCCAAUGAAUUACUUUGGCUAUUGGAUCACAUUAGGAGAAACAUCUUACUAAUAGUUGUAGGAAUAUGAAGGUGAGUCAUGGUUUUUAUGAUGUGACUGUGUUACCUCACUGUAAAAAACGAUUUUGCACUUGUAUCAUGUACUAUUUAAAUGCCUUUUUACAUGAUUUUGUCACAAAUGUUUUUUUACUGCGAGCCAUGGUGAAUAAAAUGUAGUAAAUUACUGCAAGGGUGUCCACAUGACAUUGACAAAAUGUUGCAAAUGACUAACUUAACAACAAAAUAAGAUAAUGUAAGCUAACCUUUUAAAUGUGUUUAUUUAUUUUUUUUAUAUUGCAUUUUCUGUGCUACUGCUUUAGAGUUACUUCCUAAAGAAGAACGAGGUCUUUUUUUCCAUAGUCCAUCAGUCAGUUUAGCAUUUCAGAUCAUGUUUACAGCCUUAUCACAGAAAAGAACCUGUGCUGUGUGUAUUGUGGCCUAGUAAGACCUACGGUAGGAAGCGCUAAUAUUGAUCAUGUUGCUCUGCAUUCUUUGUGAUCAUGUUUGUUUUCCCUCAGAGAGCAACAAGUCCCAGCCAAACUGCCUUUUUCUGACCUUACCACACUGACACUCCUUCCCACACUGCUGCUACAGAUCCUGACCUGUGACAUGUCGAUUGCUGUUAUUCUUUUAGAGCCGCUGCAUUUUACAGCUCUGAUAUGUUCUGGUCUGAAACGGCAGGGUUUAAAAUGUUCCUCUGAUGAAUGCUUCCAAUGUAGCAUACCACUGUGAGGCAUAGAAGAAGUUAAGCAUUCACGUUGGUGAAUGGUUGGUUAGUCAGUGAAUGCAUACCUGGAACUGGAAGGCAUGCUUGUUUAACAACUACUGAAAAGCACUGGUACUUUCUCAAGUUCUCAACUAUUGUAUUUUUAUUGUUUGUUUUCUGUUAUAGAAUUUUUCUUGUGAAUAAUUGACCUGGUUUUGCUGUAUUUAAAAAAAAAAUCAAACCUGCAGUGAAAGCAGGGAUGCAUACAAGAUUCUGAUCAUGUUCAUUAGACCCUGUUAUGUUCAGAAGAUCAUCUACAUCAGUUUGUUUUCACUUCUGAUCUAAACUGCACAUGCUCCAGUGAAUCUUGUUGUUCCUUCCCCCUCCCAGAUCUACACUGGUGCUGAACAAUGUGUUGUCACAUUGAAUUCCUUCUCUUUAUAUUUUUCUUUAUCACAUGACUUGAGUGCAAAUAAACCACAAUGAAAUCCCCA